AUGCUUUCACAGGCUUCAGUUCUGCCGCGAGUUUGCCUGUCAUGUCGACUGGGCCUCGCACUGCGCCGAGCGACGCGCCGGCCCCGUGCGACGCCCCCCUUCCCACCCCAGUCGCUACGACGAUAUUCCUCCGACUAUGCCUUCGAUUCGGCCGAAGCCUACGAGGCCAAGUUGACGGAACUGGUAAAUAAGGAAUAUUACCAUGACUUCCUCAUCAAGAAGAACCUGGAACUCGAGUCAUUGGGCAAGCCGGUCACCGCCCUGAUCAUCAAAAAUCCAAACGAGAUGCGCUCCCGCCCCACGCCCCUACCCGUGCUCGACGAGGAAGCGCCGUCCACAGGCACGCCUCUGCGAGUCGACGACGUUCUCCCCCAGGAAGAGGAGUCAGACUCGAAAACCCUGGAAGAAGCGAUCAGGAAUAUCGACGAGCUGCGUCCCAGCGACACAGACGUUCUUAGACUACGCGAGCUGGAGAACCUGGUGGGCGCGCUCUACGAAGGAUUCACCUGGGAGCAGUUGAACAGUUAUUGUGUGGCCAGGAAUCCAAAGCCCAGGUCUUGGGCAAAGGAAGCGAGCCCGUAUCCCUGGAUCGUCGAGCAGCAACCAUGGGAGGCUGUUCGGAUGGUGCAGCUGGAAAAACUGACUCCAAAGCGACAGAUCGCGGCCAAGAUCAUCACGAAACUGUGGAAUAUUGGCGUUCGGGAACAGGUCAGGGGUCCAGGAAGAACGCUGGUCUGGUUUCGGCCAUCCAUAUUCGAGCUCCUCUUUCGUCCCUCAAGCCAACUUCUGCAGACUUUGACCACCGAAUGCCUGGGCGGAUCAAAGCAGUGGAAAAUAACACCGAGCCCCAGAGACUCUCGGUUGGAGAUUUACAGCCCUAAAGCGACAGCGCGCACCAUCUUGGCACGGAUCGACGAAAUGGUUCAAUCCAUGAUGACGCGACAUGUUCCAGUCAAGCCCUUGGGAAAGGUCGACAUGUCGAGAGCGGUAUUGAAUGAGCUCGAGCGAAUUACCAACACGUUGAUUCGAUACAAAGCCAAUGACUCCGAACUCUCGAUAUCAUGGGUUGCAGACAACGCCAUGCGCCAGCCGAAUGAACCACGAGAGCAGAAGGCUUCGACUGGUCAGCGGACCCAAGAUCCCGCAGACGUCGUUUUGCUGUUACUUCUGGCACAACAGGUGAAUCCGCACCCCAGUGAAGUCGACGUCAUAUCUUCGUUCGAACGGGAACAACCCGUUGGCGGGAACACGACGUUUGUGAGCCAUCAUCGCGGAAACAGGGCUAUGCUCUGGAACGACAAGAUGCGGCAGUGGUCGAGGCGUGUCAACCCCACCUGCCGGAGGGAUUCUGCCACGCCUCUAACGCAAACUUCCAUCGUCGAUAAAAUGUCGCUGCCAAACCCUGUUAUCAAGACCAAGGAGGGCCUGUCUAUGAACCGCAUCACGGCCACCUUUGGCCAUGUCCUCCAUUCCAGGCCUGCGCCUCCGUCCAACCCCGACGGGAGGCGCCGCGUCUUGUCCCCUGUUGUUCCGCAUCCAGCAUCAUUCACCUCGGUCGGCGUCGGGAGCGACAAGCCCGUCGUCCAAUCCACUGCAAUCAUCCUCCACUUCUCCCCGGAAAACGCUCAACGUAGCCACAAAGGCAAGCGCGCACCCGCCCUUCGGCUCAAACUCCCAAUCGAUCCGGACAGCGACCUCUCAAAAUUUACCUUUCCGCCCGAUUCCACCCUAGAGGGCGUCCUCGCCCCUUGGCACAUGUCAGACGUUCUGCUGCCAGACGAGCGCGUCGACGUUCGCCUUUUUCAACAGCGGGUGCUCUCCCUUGACGCAAGCCAGCCCUCGCUCAAGGAGUUCUUGGCCACAUCCGAGUUCAAUCUUCUAGCAGGGCGGCUCAGGACGCCGACAAAGUCGUCCAAACCAGACAAGCCUAGGAAAGCUGUCAGGGGCACCAAGAGGGGAGGAUUUGACGAGCCGGCAGAGCCAUUGGCGCAACGAGGCACUGAUACCCCAUACCUGUUCGUCGGCCUGGAGAUCCACCAAAUGGUCGACCUGGAGCUCGACGGCUACACCCUCCGGUACAAUAGCAUCGAGGCCGGCCAUCAAGGCGGCCAGCGGCAAGAAAUUUCCCUUGUCGCCGAUUCCGACCUCCGCAGCGGGAAGCCCGACACGGCGGAGACGGCCAACAAGUUUCUGCAGGCGGUCGAGGACGUUGCGUUUGGGAAGCUCUUUUCCUGGCACAAGGGCAACAAAAUGGUGCAGGACCAGCGGUGCGUGGAAGAUGAGCUCGAUUGGGAGACGGUCGAGGGGGUUCCCGACGCCCACAUGGCGAUAAUGCAGCAGAUGGGUGCAGGGGAAGCUGAGCUGCCGGUGGUGGAGGAGGCUUAUCCGCUUCAGAAGCCGGCUGACGCGGGAGCAACUCGGGGUGCUGCGGAGGAGGAGCAAUCCCCGUCCCAAAGGCCUGCGGGCGCAGUGGAGGCUCUUGAGCCUGCAUCAGAGAAGGCGACUCCGUCUUCGAAGAAACCUACCGCAGCAAGGGGAGUCGAAGAUCCAGACUGGGUAACACAACUCCGCUCCAUGGUGCGCCGGGACUGA